ACCCAGCAGGCCAGAGGCCAGCAGUUCGCCAUCUUGUUGUAGGUGUUCGCUAAGAAAAGUUGUACAAUUUGUUUAAUUUUCUUGUUUCCGUCCGAUAAUUUUUCAAGUAUUACGUGUAUAUCUUUCAAAUAACUUGCCCAUUCGAACGGACCAAGGAUAAGGGUUCGUUCUAAGGGUCUGUUCCUUCUAAAUGGUUCCUUGCAGACAGCAUGUCUACAUUGUCGGGGAUAACAGCGAAAGGGGAGAAAGGAAAGUCAAAAUUUCAAUCGUUAGACAUAAAUAAUCUGUACAGAGCAAGCAGGGGAGAAUCUUUGGAAACACAUCAGCACAAGAACACAUCAUCACGUCGUCAUGGCAUGCAAAGUUUGGGGAAGGUGCCCUCAGCUCGUCGCGCUCCAGCUAACUUACCAAGUUUGAAGUCCGAAUACAGUGGUAACGAUCCAGCCGUCAGCUUAGUACCCAGUGGAGGAACAGGAUGGGGAAGCAAACCUGGAGAAACGGGACCACCACCACCGACUACUCAAGUUUCCACCACUGUCACCACUACACCUGUUGUAACAUCUGUCACCAGUGCUCCUGUUCCCGCCUCCGUGCCUGUGAGCACCACCCCUACCACUUCCACUACAGCAGCAGUCCCAAUCAUUGUUUCCACUCAAAGUCAAGGCGACAAGUCAUGGAGCUCCAUAACAUCCAGUGGCACAGAGAAUACUCCGAUGUUUCUGGCUCACCAGUCACCUUAUUUUCAACAAGAGUUUCCUUCACUGUCCGGAGAUGCAAGUGCCAUGUCUGGAUCAGGUCCAAACAAAAGCGAUCCUGCUCAUUUACCCGGACCAAGUCUCCGCCCUCAGACGGAAGGAAGUUGGAUGCAAGGUGGCAGUCGGCCUCAGGGGCAGAUGACAGCAGGGGGUGGCAACCCGCCGGGGACUGUUCCUGUCCCGGGCCCCCUCCCACUCCCACAAGGUUUAGAUAUGGGUGGCGGACGGAGCAGCUUGGCCCCACCUGGGGUGGGCGGGGUCCCGGCAGGCCCACAAAACCACUACAGACUCAUGCCUCAGUUUAUGAUAAGACACAAUCAGCCUCCAGGUGGAUUUCCUCCGAACUAUCAUCCAGGACCACCUCGACCUCGAUUUCCUCCAUCACCUGAUCUGAGACUUAUGCCACCAAAUAAAGGGGUGACAAAUAUAGAGCAAGAAGAGAUCACUUCAAGACCCAUCAUUAAGGAAGAGGACCUUAAAGUCAUGGAUGAAAUUUCAAGAGAUACAGGCUGGGCAGCUCAUGAUGAGAUUGAUUAUAAUCAAACUUUGUCAUUCAGUGAUGAGGAAGGAGUUCAGGAUGAUGAGUCAAAAGCAAAAAGCUAUCGCCAUUCUUUGCAGAUGAUGGAAAAACGUGAUGUGGACAACAAAAUGUGUUCAGAAAAAGAACGCAGUAUAUUGGAACCUGAGGAGAAAGUCAAUAAAGGUGUGAGACAAGGAGAAGAUGAGGAAGAUUGGCGUGAAAAACGAAGAGUUCAAAAUGAACAAAUUGCUAUUGCAGUUGAAAGAGCAAAACAAAGAAGAGAAGAGGAAGAGAAACGUUAUAAUGAAAUUAGCCAAGCAGCUGCCAGAAAGCUUCAUAAGUUGGAAGAAAUGAUUCGAUCAAAAAAUGAUAAAGAUGAAACUAGUGUAUCGUCACCUCUUACUACACAACAUGGAUCAAAUACCCUUUUACCUGAUUGGGAAAAAGAUAAGGAAAGAAACAGGUCAAGAACGACAAGUGAGAAUAAGGAUGAAAAAUCUGCUAAAGAUCACGUUGAUAAUUACAGAAAUAUUCAGGGAGACAAUAGAAGUAGUGGGUUUGGUCGUGACAGAGAACGAGACCGUGACUUACGACCCGAUAGAGAUGCAGCGGCUGGGCAACACUUCUCACGGCAGUUCCAGAAUAAUUUGCCACCCCGCUUCCAGAAACAAGCUGCUGAUAGGCCUUCUUCAUAUUAUAGACAAAAUUCUGGUGGUUCUCCCCAACCUCCUCCUAGUGGUCAUCCCACAUAUGAUAUGAGAUGGCCUAUUGGUCAGGUUGGCCCCCAUUUUGGAGGAUCUAGUGGCGGCAUGAAGACUCACCGAAAUUGCAAUGAACGUGAAAUAACAGAAUAUGAGAGGGAAGAAACCAAGGCAGAGAGAGUGGUUUUGGACAAUGCAAUGGACAGAGACAGGGCGAAUCACCCCCCCAGUAGAGAGAGGAAUCAUGAGAGCAGCUGGAAAGGUCCAGGCUAUCAUGAAGAGUCAAGUCAUAACAGAAUCAUUUCUGAAAAAGAAUUUGAUAACCGACAGUUUAAAAAAUGUCAGACGAGUGAAGAUUACAUUAAAGAGAAAGAUACAGAAUACAGAUUUUGUGAGGAGGUCAGGGAUCUGGACAAAAAACCUACUGAAAACAAAUCUGUUAACUUGAUUCAAGAUGAUCCUUUUGAUGAGAGGGAGGAGAAAUGUGACAAUAAAAUUGAAGUUGAUAGACGAGAUAAGUUUGACUCAAGAGAUCGACCAGAGAGACCCCAAAGACCUGACAGUCGAGACAGCCGGGCAUCUCGAGACUCUAGGAAUUCCAGAGAUUCAGUAAGAGAAGACAACAAAUUUGUUGAAGAAUCUUCAUUGUCUUGGGCUGAUGCUACAUAUGAUGUGGAACAGAAAGAGGACAUGUGUAGAAAAGAUAUAAAACAUGAAUCAGACUCAAGGCGAGACCUUCAUGUUAUGCAGUCUUAUCAUCAGAGGCACAUUCCUGGACCAAUUACUAAAGAGAAGUUAGAAGCUUCAGAACUCAGAUGUGAGUCCAAUAGAAAUGUAAACUUGGUACCUCUGGUGAGAACUGAUAAAAAGCCUGAAGUUAAGAAAAUUGAAAAUCAGUGGGAAGUAGAAGAUACUAGUGGAGAUGCCUGGCAGCGAGUGACAGCAUCUCCUGCACCUUCUACUAAAACUAAUAAUGAUUGUUGGGCUGAUGUGUCUCGCACCAUACCCUUGUCUUCUGAGCCCUCACCGGAUGCAGGUCAAGAGGAUCCAGUUGAAUCUCAAACAUUAAAAACUGAUACUAUAGAGCAUAAUAAAACAGUAACAAAAACCUUAAAUCAAGAACCAGAAGAAUUGGACACAAAUCAUAGACCUGAGUUUCAGAGAGAGAAAAUGGGUCGUGGAGGGAAUCGUGGAAUGCGUCAUGAUUCUCGUGGUCAGAGGCCAGGAUGGGGAGGUAGUUUUUACAGAGGGGGAGCGGUGCUCUGGAGAGGAGAAGGUAGAGGGAGGAGAACUCAACAUAGACGACCCAAUGGUAGUCACGAGUGGGGUCAUUCAGAGUCAGAAGCCUCAGCGGAUGAAGUGUCUGCAUCUACAGAGUCUGGAAAAGAGGACAAACGUCAAGAUCAAGAACACAAACAGUUCCCAAGGUCGCCAAAGCAAGGAGUUAAAAAGUCUGACAAAGAUGAACGUAUGAGGGAUAAUCGUAAAAUAGAGAAUGAUAAAGAUAAUCAUUCUGUUGGAAAUGAUCUCCGACGAUAUGAGAAGAGAGGGACGUAUGGAAUGGGCAGUGGGUUUGAGCCUAGGGGUGAGCCUUCCCGCAGGGGACGAGGUGCUCCCUUCCGUUCCAAAGGUUCUGCUACAAAUGUUGGUAGACGAAUGGAUGGUUACGGCCCACCCACUUCUAAGAGACCAUUUACAUCCGAGUCAACUACAAGUAUUCAUGACGACAAGAAACCUGAAGAUUCUUCACAAAAUCCGGCUACAAUUAAAGAAGAUACACUUAAUAAAAUGAGUCAUGAUGAAAGAAUGAAGAUGAACCAGCAGCAAUUAUCAGCUGGAAUUAUAGGUAAUACUUCACGUCAAGGAAACUUCAAGUGUCAGCCUCAAAUACCUCCUCGUUUACGGAGGAAAUCAGAGGGUGAAAGAAGAGAACGUAAACCAAGAGAUCCUUCAGGACGAGGACCACGAGGUUCAUUAAAAAGUGGGUCUGGCUCCGGAGGCGAGAUUGGGGAUGAGAACUGGGAAACUACAAGUGAGGCCAGUGAACAAGAGGAGAAAGAACAUGAAGAUGAUAGAAACAAUGAAGCCUCCAGGAGGAACUUCAAUCAAAAUAGAGGAAACUCACGUCGUCAGUCUCAGCCAAAUCGAAGCAUUGGAAGAGAAAAACAAAGAGGUGGCUCUUAUGACAGAGAAAAUGAUAAUAACCCCAGAAGGUCGAUGGUGAAUGGCGGUAUCAGGUCACAGAAUAAAUCUCAGACAGUACCAAAGGAACAAAUGGAGGUCAAAACUGCUGAGCAAUGUGACAAGAAGCAACCACGAACUGACAAGGACAAACGGAAUAAUUUGGAUCGCAUAGAUCUUUGCAACACUGCCAGUGUGGUGGUUGUUGAUGACCAGCCAGAGGUUACUGUCGAGGAAGACCAAACCAUUUUUGCUACAGACAGUAACGGCUUCCAAGAAGUGCGCAGCAAGAAGAAUGUGAAGGAGGCCAAUCGACAGCAGAAGGAAGAACCUCAGAAGGGAUCAAAGGAUCGAGCCAAGCCGAGUAAGCCUCAGAGUUCAUUGUCGCCUGGCCCUUCUGUUGGCUCCCAUCUAUCGUCUGCACCUAUCAACAAAGGGUCAUAUGAACAACGACCUCGCACGGGCAAACUUCCUCCACGAUUUGCUAAGUUGCGAGAAAACACCAGAUUGCAGAAAAUUGCACAGCAGCAACACGAUGUGAAUGAUUUGAAUAAAAUCAAUCAAGGCGGUGCUUCUGUUUUCCCAACUAAAGAUUUGCCGAGUCCUGCACCACCACCACCAGUCAAUGCAUGGGACAAGCCAAUCACGGCAGCAUUGCGCACCAAUACUCCUCCCACUGUACCGAGUAGUGUUUCAAAUUCGAUUUCAGUAUUAGUUGACUCAAGCAAUGUUGAAGUAAAUGAUCAAGUUCAGUCAGGUACAAGUAGUCAACGUAGCAGUCCAAAUGAUGAAAAAACUGGUGGAAAGCUUUCAAGAGAGCAAUCAGAGAAAGCCGUAUUGGAUGGUACCUCACCACCUGUUCAAACAAUUAUAUUUGAAAAUACCAAUUAUAAGUCUGCUCCUAUGGAUGUGGCAAUGAAACCAAAGUAUACCAAUCAAUUAAAUAAAAGUCAAAGGCCAGAAAAGGCGAAAGUUUCAGAUCGUAAACUUGAAGAGGACACUGUAGCAGUGAGUUUUAAGGCACCAGGGCCUGAAAUGAAGCUGCAAGAAACAAAAUCUGAAGCUAUUCAAAUGCCAAUAUCAUUUAAUAAGAAUGAAGAUAAUGCUGAUAUGAAGUUGGACUUCAGAUUUGAUUCAGAUUUGUCACAACUGGCAGAUGAUAAAAGUAGUAAAAAUAUUGCAAUUCAAAUGACAAGAUCAAUUCAAAUGGCAGCCCAAUCAGAACUUCAGUUCAAGUUAGCUUCUGUUAAAAAAGUAUGGGAGAAUUCCCCUGCGGUGCUAGAACAUGGAGAGGAAAACAGCACAGUUUCUACUGCUAAUACCUUCACACCAACAUUUGGCAAUUCUGUGGAACCUGGAGUUGACUCCACAAUUUCUGAUGAUGGCAACACUCUUAAUCCUGAGGGUGUUUACAACGCCGGCCAACAGUUGCAGAAUAACCCCAGUGCAUAUAAUGGAAACACAGUUCAAAAUAUGAUUAAACCAGACCCUUCCAGUAAUGUUUGUAAGUAUAGGGAAGGUUUGGGAGGGAAGGGAACUCUGAAGCUCAUUCUCCCUGAUGUGCAGCUGCUUGCCCCGCAGGUGAAACCGCAGCCCCAGGCCACGAUGCACCCUCAUCCUGGACCUCUGUCCCCUCCAUCUGGGGCAUUCACCUCAUCCCCAGCACAGCCUAGCCAACACAUUAACUAUCAGUCUCCAGCUCAGUAUGGUGGAAUACCAGCAAUACCCUCACCACCGACAGUGUUCACUCCUCAGGCUGAACUAUAUCCCACAUUCCAGUUAAACAACCCUCAGGUGAUAGGGAAUCAAGGGCGUUCUCAGUUCUCACAGUUUGCCUCUCCAUAUCUAUCGCAAGGCCUAGGUCAAACAUCAGGGUUCAGCCAGCAGUCUAUGUACCUGCACCAGACAGCUCCACCGCCACCUAGUGCAGCACCACCUGAUAUUUUUCAGACACAGCUCUCUCAAUACCGCAUCCAGCCUCCAGCUUAUGGCACAUCACAGCAGUUGAGCAAUAAUCCCAACACAGUCCUGAUCUCUUCAAGUACCAACUCUCUGAUGUCUGCUAGUGUGAAGCCUUCCCCUCAAUCUAUUGGUGCAAUCGGAAGCAAAGCAUCCUUUCAGACACCUUCACAACCUCCUCCAUCUCAGCUCUACAUAUAUCCUGACCCACAAAUGCUGAACCAGAGCCCUUACCAACUGAACUCUCCGCUUGUACAGAGGCCUGCUAGCAACGUGGUGCCAACCAUCCCUCCCUCAUCUUCGUAUUACUCUGCAUCUACAGGAGGAGGAGCAACAGGCUUCUACCAACCAGGUGGUUCCAGCAUACAAGCAGCAGCAGCAGCUCAGAGCAUGCAUCAGUCGACAUUUGGUAUGCAAGCCUUCAAUACACAAUCACCUGCUGCCACUCCCGCAGGCAUGGGCAGCUUUGGAUCUACUUUCCUGUCUAAUGGGUUACAGAUGGCGCAACAGUACCGCAGUACAGCGCCCUCGUACCUCAAGUCCGCAGCAGACCACCAAGACGCCCUCUCAGUCUUCUCCUCUCCAGGUGGACUCUCUACCCAGAUUAAUCCUCCAAAACCCCGUGGCUCCAGCAGUGGGUGUGGGAGUGGUGGGAAGCCGGGUUCCUCCAACGGCUCAUCGCAGCAACAGCCCAGCCCCACCCAGAGCCACCACAAGUUCUCCGCGUAUCAACAAAAUGUCUCACCGACAACCCAGUUCGUGAUACAACAACAGCAACAGCAGCAGCAACGAGGCAGUGUAAAUGUGCGAGUGGCACCUUGCUACCCAGCUCCCAUCCAGCGGCCUGUCAGUGGCCAGUGUCAGUGGACUGUGAGCCGCCACCGUCUGCCUACCAGAUACAAGAUGCCACCGCACACCACUGCUGUCACUGCUACUGCCACUGCCACCCACUUCUAUAUUCAAAACAAUUCAACUAAAGUUGACAACACUGAACUUGUAGAUGUAGUGAAUAGUGAAAGUGAGAACAACAGUUCCAUCACUGCUACUACCGAAAACACUACUGAAGACCCAACGUCUGCCAAUGAUUGAAGUCUUAUCAAGCUUACCUUGCUCUGUUGUUUACGUUUUCAUAGUAUUGACCUUUGUAAGCAACUGGUAGCCAAUGCAUCAGGUUGCUCCUUGUUUCUGUACUGUUCAAUUCCAGUCUUCUCGGCUUUAACUGCCUUAAGCUAUGUUCUCUAGUACUACUGAUACCAUUGGGUUGUUAGGGAUAGGUAUGUAAAAUAACUUGUUUGUUCAUAUAUAUAUAUAUAUUUGUCUUUUUACUGAACGUGUAUCGAAAACUGUAGAUCAUUUUUUACACCAACUGGUGCUCCUGUAUUUAACUUAACGAAGUUUGGAGCAGAGCAUUUCUUGCUGAACGAUUUAGCAUGACUAUUAGAAGUAUUCACUUGUUUAAGCUUACUUUAAUGGACAUUCAUGAAUUCACAAAUUAAAUUUGUGUAUUUUAUGAGUAUAUUUUGUGUGCAUUUUUGUGUAUUUACGUCAACAAAGACUAAGAAGAUGUAUAUUACUACUUUGUUCUCUUUUUGUAAUAAAGAAUAAUGUUAAAAUAAAAUGUGGAAUUGUUUGGUAUCACAUUGCCAAGAAAUAAUUUAAGACACACAAUGCUAGUGAGCCUUAAUAAAAGUUUUGAUAAACCAAAAUGUGGAAUUGUUUGGUAUAAUAUUGCCAAGAAAUCAUAUAAGACACAAGUGGUAGUGAGUAUUUGGUAAAGUUUUGAUAAAUCAAAAUGAUGGAUUGCUUCGUGAAGUGUGCUGGAAAAGUGGUGUUUUUUUAUCGUAAUGUGUCAUGACAAAUGAUUAUUUGUAUUUAAUAGAUUAAUACUUAAAUUGUUAUUUUUAUUGCGAGUAUAAAACCAGUUCCAUACAAUGUCAUAACAACACCUGGAGUCUCAAAGACAGCUGGUAAAUAAUAAUUGUGAUAUGUUAGAAUUUAAUGGCAUUAAUUGAGAUAAAGUAACAAAUGUUAAGUUUUGUUUUGUCUAAUUUGAAACUAUUGUUGUUUUGAAACAGUGGGUUUGGUUUUAUUUUUCAAACUCUGUUGAGUAUUGAAAUUAACUGGUCACUCUUUGGGUUCGUUGUAAGCUCAGUCAAGCUAUCAAUGUAGUUAUCCAUAGUUGCAAUAAAUUUAAGUAAUGAACUAAAAA